AUGGCAGCGCUGGUGCCCCGUGGUGUUUCCGUGUCCGAGUCCUUCAUCCGUGCAGUAUGUAAUAGCCUGUCAGCUGCAUUGAUACUGCCGGCCACGCCCAUUUCCGCAGAGUGGCUGCCUCGGAAGAGUCACGCGACACAGCGGUCCAGCUGUUAUGCCACCCAGGUCGGAUGCUACUACGAGCAGGCGGGUCGUAAUAUAUUGGCAAAGCUCAUAGAUUAG